CGGCAAAGCCCAAACGUAGAAGGAAAGUCCGGGGACAUCUCCAGAAAGAAGACCAAAAGCUCUUGUUUUCCCAAUUCUACCCACGACUUGGUCCGAAGUCUUGGUAUUUUCUCGUUCAUUCACGUUAUAAAACUUUCUUAAUUGGUCCGUCUCCCCAAAACCAAAACUCAUGGCGGAACUGCCGAUAGAACCCCAUCUGAGCUUCGAAUUGGAAUCGCUGGCCAUUCCCCCGAUGGAUCCCUUGUAUCUCUCAUCAGAUCUAGGGUUUCCUCUGGACGACAAUGAUGAUUUCCAGCUUACCUUCGACGAAUUCGACGAAUUGUACUUUCCCGACGUGAUCGUACCCGAUUCGUCCGGAGCAACACCCGAAUCUUAUGUGGGAGGGUACCUGAAUUCGUCCUCCCCGGAAUUUGACAGUUUAUGCGGCCAGGCCGGUAAUUCUCACUCUCCUAUCUCCCCUUUAGGAUCCGGAAAUUGCGGUUCGGCCGUUUGCGUGGACGCGAAUGUUACCUCGACGGAUUCCGGAACCGACGUUGAUCAGAAGAUUGAUGUUAAAGAAUUCGGUAAAAGGCGAGCGUCUAAAAGGAAGAUAGACCAGGAAGAGACUGAUUCCGUCAAGUGUAUAAAAUCAUCGCUGCUGACUGUGAACAAUUCUAAAUCCAGUUCUGAUAAUAAGUCAAAUGCUCUGAGCGAAGAGGACGAGAAAAGGAGAGCGAGGCUUAUGAGGAACAGAGAUAGUGCGCAGCUGUCAAGGCAGCGGAAGAAGCAUUACGUGGAAGAGCUGGAGGAUAAGGUUAGGACAAUGCAUUCCACGAUUGCUGAUUUGAAUAAUAAGAUAGCUUAUUUUUUGGCUGAGAAUUCUACCUUGAGACAGCAAUUAAGUACCGGUGGUGGAGGUGCUGGAAUGUGCCCUCCACAGCCAAUGCCUAUGCCAAUGUAUCCACCAACGGCAUACCCUUGGAUGCCAUGUGCUCCGCCGUAUAUGAUGAAGCCUCAAGGGUCUCAGGUGCCACUAGUACCUAUCCCUAGGCUGAAACCACAGAAGCAAUCGAAACCGGCUUCCAAAGCUAAAAAGAAUGAGAGCAAAACUAAGAAGGUUGCUAGUGUUAGUUUACUGGGAAUGUUGUUUUUCAUAUUAUUGUUCAGUGGUUUGGUCCCAAUUGUGAAUAUAAGAUAUGAUAAUACGCCUGUUGGAUCUGGUUUCGUUGGAGAUGGGUUUUACAAGGUGCAUGGUGGGACAGUUUUGAGAGUUGAUAGCCAUUUAAAUGGGUCUAAUCAUGCUAGGGAUGCAGCAAUUUCAUAUGGGAAUUUUGAGGUUGGCAAUAGAGUUAUUCGUAGAGGCUCCGAGUCCAGUGUUGAGAAAAAAGAGACUGGAGUGCAAAAUGCCAGUGAGCCUCUCACUGCUUCCCUCUAUGUACCGAGAAACGAUAAGCUUGUGAAAAUUGAUGGCAACCUGAUAAUUCAUUCCGUUUUGGCCAGUGAGAAAACUAUGGCCUCUCAUAAGGCUUCUGAAAGAAAGAAUAAAGAGACAGGUUUGGCCAUCCUAAAGAAUUUCCCUCAGGCACUUGCCAUUCCUGAUGAGCAUGGAGGAAAGCAUUCACAUGAAUAUAGAAACCAUGCAGAAAGACACAUGGCUCUUUCUUCAGGUUCUGCCGAUGCUUUGAAGGACCAUUUCAAGUCAACUGCUGCUGAUGGGAAGAUGCAGCAGUGGUUCCGGGAAGGAGUGGCAGGACCAAUGUUGAGUUCAGGCAUGUGCACAGAAGUGUUCCAGUUUGACAUCUCUGCCCCAGGAGCCAUUGUUCCAGCUUCCUCGGUUACCAAGGAAUCUGCCAAACGUCAGAAUGCUACCCAGCUUAACAAGGGAAGAAACAGAAGGAUUCUCCAUGCUCAUCCUGUUCCUCUCGCUAGUUCUGAUCUGAACAUAACCCAACAGCAUGUUGGAAGAAAUUCAGGAAAGCAAGAUUUUCAAGGUAACAGAACUAAUUCUUCUGUGGUAGUUUCUGUGCUUAUUGAUCCCAGAGAGGCUGGUGAUGGGGAUAUGGAUGACAUGAUUGUAUCGAAAUCUCUUUCUCGGAUCUUUGUUGUUGUUCUUUUAGAUAGUGUCAAGUAUGUUACGUAUUCUUGCGGACUUCCAAGAUCUGGUCCGCAUCUUGUGACCGCUUAAGGGAUAAACGAAUGGUUGCGACUUUGGCUUCUAGUUUAUAUAUUUAUGUAUAUACUCACAAUAACAUAGUAACUAUUAGGUGUCACGGCUAGUUGAAACUUCUAUAACAUUUUAACCUCUCUAUGUACUUUGGAUUUGCCUUCUAAAAUAACCUUGGCUUUUUGGCUUUACUGCA